AUGUCCACAGCUAAUUCAUCACUGACAUCUAUACUGGAUGCAUUACAACAUAACGCAAUGUGCAUGACGAACGGAUUCCAUGAUUUGAUGAAACUUCGCUCAAGAUAUGAUUUUCGAGCUUGGUGGGAAAAGAUGACCUUUGUUUUGUUUUCGGCCAAGUAUGAACUAUAUGAGAAUGCACUGGAUAAGAAGAGUAUUUGUAGUCCAUCUGAAUUGCAAGACUUCCAUAAGGGUCGAGCUGUGCGGUUAAUAUUUAUUAUCAAUUCUCAUUAG